GACAACCUCACCAUGGCAACUGACACGUUUGUAUAUGAGGCACUUUCUCACCCGAAGAGGGAAUUCAGGCUGCUGAAAAUCCAGACAUACAAUAGCGAGACCGCACCGUCCGUUCGAUGCGAACUCGCAAGCUUUCCCUUGGAUGAGGCGCCUCCAUACCACACCAUCUCGUAUACGUGGGGAGAUGACGAAGAUAAAGCACAACCGAUUCUUAUAUUAGUGAACGAUCGGCAGUUCAAGGCCCUCCCUAACAGUGAAGGCGCACUCAGACAGGCGUGGGCUUAUAACCGGGACCUUCAUAUUUGGAUCGACUCAAUUUGCAUCAACCAGCAGGAUAUCAGUGAAAGGAAUGCGCAGGUUUCGAUCAUGGGCCAGAUCUACAUGAAUUGCGAACAAGUAUUGGCUUGCGUGGGGGAU